AUGAUUCACAUCUAUUUGGCGGCAUUUCAAAAUUACGUUUUACUGAUUGAAGCAAUUAUUGUCGGUAUAAGCGGUAUACUGGUAAUUGUGGAAAGUAUCGUUGGUCUUAUAUUGUGUUCUACACUAUCAACGUAG